UUUUAUGGCACCAUCGUUCUCGUUAUUUUUUAAUUUGGAAAAGUGGAUUUUAUUUAUUUGCUGUCUUUUUUCAAUGCGAAAAGCGCAGCAACUGAUGCUACAGCCGCAAUGCCCGCUUUAAGUUUCCCGUGGCCAUGUCCAGGCGCACUGAAAAAUAGGAAUGGUGUGGUUCGGAUUUGCAAAGGACAUGCCAGUUUGAAGGGGGGAGGGGGAACAAUAGUGUAGCUAAAGAUAAAUGCGCAUAGCAAGCAUGCACAUGCGGUCCACAUGCUCAGCCCCCGGGUCGCUGGUCUGACAAAUAAACGCAAAUCUUUAAAUUCAAUAGUAUUAAUUGCUGUCUAUAGUGGAUCAAAAAUGGCAGCUACUAAUCGGACAUUCAACCUAGAAGCGUGUAGGGACGUGUCGAAGCUGCAUUUCGGGCCUUGUUAAAAGCCUCCAUCACUAAAAUGGCAUGCCACAAUUGUGACAGCAUCGCCCAUAGAGGAUGCAAUUGCUGAGGGCCCAGAUUCACCAGAUUAAUUAUGAACUGCCCGAAAUUACUCCUCCCACACAAAAUAAUUACCCAUUAAUGCUUAGCUUUGCUGCAAAAACGCUGUGUACUUGCUUAUGCGCUGAAAUAUCCCCCGAUAUUUGCUCAGAUGAUCGGCGUUGUUGUGCCCGUGGAGUAGGCCAAAAAUACUUUGAGGCCGAGACUUAUUAAAUUGGCGAUUGACAUGUACAAAAGUAAAUUAAUUGCAUGUAUAUAAUUGCGGAAUGUGCAUACGAAUAUGUUCAUUUGAACAUGUCCGCAUUGGUGCUGGCAAGAGCACACUGCUGCUGGCCAUGUUUGGGCUUAUGGAGGCCAGCGCAGGUCAGCUAAUGGUGAAUGGAAUUGACAUCUCGCAGAUUUGUGUGGGUGAUCUGCGCUUACGUCUGACCAUAAUUAUGCAAACUCCGGUUUUGUUUACAGGAGUCAUCUAAAG